AUGGUGCAGCAGCAUGACCGUGAUGAUCAAGAGGAAGACGAAGAAGAGGAGCAAAUGCGAGAGCGAGACUUGGUCGAGGCCUACGUGGCCGAACACUCGCUCGAAACGUCACUGAACGAUGUGAUCAAUCAGGUGGUGGCCACUCGACCGGAAGACCCGUUUCUCAUGCUGUCGUCGUUGCUGUACGCACGGGCAACGGCCAAGCGCGGCAUCUUGUUCGUACAAGUGUGCGAAGCUUUGGACGCGUCUGGAGAGCCUACAGUGCUGGUGAGGCUGCAUACAGGCAAAGGAAUCUUCGAAGGAUGCUGCUCCGCCGAAGCGGGAGGGAUCACGGAUCGUGAAUCCGAUGCAAAGACUCGAGACAUUGACGAUGCGAUAGCUAGCAUUCCUUCAAGCAAACUACGCUACGGUGGUCGAGGAUUCACAAAGAUUGCAGCUACAGCACAGGAAUUACUGACGGAGAAGCUGGUGAGCUUGGAGCCUACGGAUCAGAGCACACUCGACGCUAUCCUGCAGGAUCUCGACACGACUCUGGGACGUAAUGUGUGUGCGGCGACUUCGCUUGCAAUUUGUCAGGCAGGAGCGAAAUAUGCUGAGCUACCGCUUCACGACUACGUGGCCAAGCUACAAGAACUACCGCCGGAGAACCAGUGCGUCCCCAUGCCGCACUUCAGCGUCGUGAACGGCGGCAAGUAUGCGUCCAACAAACUAUUCGCACAGGAAGUGCUGAUGAUACCGACGAGUGCCGCGAGCUUCGCAGACGCGUUGCAGAUCGCUGUGGAGUUCAAUUCUGCACUUCGUACACAACUCGAAACUCGCGGUGUUGGGUUCACCAACCGCGGCGCGUUCGGAGGCUUUGCACCGCAACUUCAGACUCUGGACGAAGUUUUCCACGUGCUGCGUGCGGCUUUGGACGACGUUCGAGUACGACUUGAAGACUCGGAAGCACAAGUGAUCUCGACUGCGAGUGCCUCUCCGUUACGUGUAGACUUUGGUGUAGACUUUGCUGCGUCCGAGUUCGUUGUGCCCCCCAUUCGGACGGAUAGUGAUACAGCCCAAAAUGAAGAUGACAACGAGACGCCUCGGUCUUUUACGUACAAUACAGACCGGUGGGUGCCUGGGUCGAGUGGUGCGUUAAAGAAUAGUGACGAGAUACUGAACACUGUGCGCAGUAGCGUCAAGGAGCUAGAUAUCACGACAGUCAUCGAUCCGUUCGAUGUCGGCGACAUCAAGAGCUUCGCGGCAUUAAACAACUCUGAAAAUGAUUCGGAUGGAAGUGCGUUGGCGUCUGGAGAGCCCCAAGAAGGUGGAGUGAAGGAGAACGUUGGACUUGGAGGUGAUCCCAACUGUCGCGUUCAAAUUGUAGGGCGUUCGGUGGUGGAACGCCACGGACUGACCGCUCUGAGUGAAGAACGUGCCUGCAAUACGGUAUUGCUGGUUCCGCACCAGUUCCCGACAGUGUCAAGGCUGCUGCAAGCCAUCACGGACACCCAGCGUCUUGGACUUGCUGUGAUCUUAGGGGCUUCAGCUGGACAACCAGGUGCAGAUGCUGAGGUGCUGAAUGCCGUUGCAAUGGGAUCAGGUGUCGGUCAGGUCAAGUUCGGCGGUCUGCUUGGAGCUGAGUCUCAGGACAGAUACCGGAAGCUUUUACUCGAAAGUCAAGAGCCUGGUGCACCGCCUUUUGUCGGUGCUAACGCUUAUCGUCGCUGA